GAAGGUGAAGAGGAACAAUGAGGUGAAACAGUGAAACUGAUUGUGGUCAUGUGAUUGGUCAUGUGACGAGUGACAUAUCAUUACUGUCAUGUGAUCUAUGUAUCCUCAUCAUGUGACCAUUAUCAUGUGACCAGCGCCUCUAACCUCCCCCCAAACAUCACUACAGACUAUCACGUCCUUAAUGAGCCGUUGAUCCAAUCCAUACUCCCUACGGCCUAUACACCAUCCUACACUGCCACUGUGGGAGGAGUUAAUGUCUCAACCCUCAGACCACAAUGAACUCUUGCAGCCCAAUCUCAAGGCCGCAGGAAGGUGACGAGCUAUAUCUCCAUCAACCUUGAAGCCCUCAACUCCAUCAUGGCUUCAUCAGAAUCCAGACCCAAGAUCCAACAGCCUACACCGCAGGCCCUCCCCACCCGGCCCGGCCCAACCGCGAUCCUCGUCUCCCCCCGUCAAAAAGGUAACCCCAUCCUCAAACACAUCACCGCCCUCCCAUGGGAAUACUCUGACGACAUCCCCGCCGACUUCGUCCUCGGGCAGACCACCUGCGCGCUCUUCCUCUCCCUCAAAUACCACCGCCUGCACCCGGAGUACAUCUACGGCCGCAUCCGUGAGCUUGCGGGGAAAUACAACCUGCGCCUCGUGCUCACCAUGGUGGACGUCGACAACCACGAAGCCGCGCUCAAGGCGCUCUCGAAAACCAGCCUUGUCAACAACGUCACCAUCGUUCUGUGCUGGAGUGCCCAGGAGGCCGGCCACUACGUCGAGCUGUACAAGAUGUACGAGCACGCGCAGCCCACGAGCAUCAAGGCGCAUCAGGCGACCGGGUAUUCGGAUCGGUUGAUCGAGUUCAUCACCGUGCCGCGGAGCGUCAACAAGACGGAUGCGGUGGGGUUGAUCUCCAAUUUCGGGAGUCUGCGGACCGCGGUGAAUGCGAGGCCGGAGGAGGUGGCGUUGAUUGCUGGGUGGGGCGAGAAGAAGGUGCAGCGGUGGUGUAAUUCCGUGCGGGAGCCGUUUCGGUUGAAGCAGGCGGCCAAGCGAGGGUUGGUCCGGGAAGAUGGCGGUGCGAGCGCGCCGGUAGGACGGCGGACAGGGGGUCCGGGGACGUUUGGGAUUGAGGAGACGGAGAACCUGCCGAGCAAUGCGAUUGAUGUAGACACUGUUGGGCUUGAGUCGGAGGAGGCGGCUUUAAGGGAAGUUGAGGCGCAAAGGAAACGUUUAGAGGCGGAGAGGAAUGCCGAGAGCUCUCGCGUUGAGAAUGAAAGGGUAAAGGCGGCAAAGAAACGACCGGCUGAGGAGCAACUGGACGACGGUGUCAUGGCUGCAUUAGCAAAGCUUCGCAAUCAAUGAAUUGCAUUUUUACGAGAAGUGAGUAUUCGUGAAACUAGUGUACAUGAAAAUCAUUCGAAUCUCAGCUUUUUGUCCAUAUUCGCAGCACCCUUCAUGAUCGUCGCAGGAGUAUCCCUACUCGAGAACUCUCGCGACCCCCUCCGACCCACCUCAGUACUCCAGGGCUGGGUCCGUCAACGUAUGCGGAUUUCUAGACGACGAGGGGCUGAAGAAUAAUGGGUGAACGGCAGAGCACAGCGCAGCAUUCUAA